CCUCAUCUGUAGCCAGGGUAUAUUUCUUCCUUGGCAAAUGGUUCUUACCCAGGACAACCAUGCAUAACUCCUUUCCCUAAAGCAAUGCGAGAGUCAACGCAUCCUCCUGCCGUCUGUUGUUGAGCUUCUCAGCAGAAUGCAGGGAGCGUUGCAGACGGUACUAUGACGUCAUCAAUCUAUAUCGUCUGCCUCUUGAAGGAAUAGCAAAGGAAUACCCCGGUGUUGAUUCCGCAUCCUUGGCGUUCCGAAGUCGUGCACCAAAGUGGUGGAAAGCGCUGUAAUAGCUGUCGAAGACACAGAAACGCAAGAGGACAUGGCUUCGGACGCGACGACCAAGGCCAAAAAGCAGGGAACUUCGCCUUUCAAAAAAGUCAAGAAAGUCGGGAAAACCAUCUACAAGGUUUUGAAAUCCCACGCUGGCUUGAUCAUCCUUCUUGUGAUCUAUACUGCGAUUGGAGGGGCCAUCUUCUCAGCACUUGAGGGGCCUUUUGAAACCUCAGAGGCGAUUGCCAUGAAUGCAACGAGAGAGAAGUUCUUGGUUGACAUGAGGAAAGCACUUGGGCAAAGAAAAUGGAACGAGGAGUCAAGGGAGUUGUUAGACGAUUUUGAGGAGAAGAUGAAGUACUAUUUCUCCCAUGCCCGGGAUAUUGAGGAUGGUGAAGUGAAACAAGUCUGGACUUUCAUUGGUGCUUUGGUGUACUCUAUGACAGUCUACACAACAAUAGGUUACGGCCAUAUAGCCCCGGUAACAGAUGGAGGAAAGGUGGCCACGGUCAUCUACGCCAUAAUUGGAAUUCCACUAUGCCUCCUGGUAAUGGCUGAUCUUGGACGCUUGAUGACCAAGGGAAUCAAGGGGCUGUUUGCUCUGAUCAAACGUUUCUAUUACACCGGUCAGCUCAGCAGAAUGCGAAAAACAAAGGCUGUGGAAUUCCUGGAGAAGAAGUUGGACAUGAAAUCACAAGGAGACCUGAACAAAUCAACAGAGGCACAGACAGAGGCAGACGCUGAUGGCAAAACACUUCUCUAUGGCUACGAGAUCGACGACGAAUUCAAUCUGCCAGUUUCUGUCGCAUUGGCCAUCGUAGGAAUUUAUCUAUUUUGUUGCGCUGCCAUCUAUACGCGUUUUGAGGACUGGUCGUACGGAGAUGCGUUGUACUUCUUAUUCGUUUCCAUGAGUACGAUAGGGUUUGGCGACUUUGUCCCGGAAAACCAGGAGUUUUUCUUGGCGUCAUCUUUACUGGUUCUUUUCGGAUUGUCCCUUGUUUCGAUGACCAUUACGGUCCUUGUGGACUACAUUGCCGAUCUUUAUAAGAAAGCUAAGGACAAGAUCCAGGCAAAGGUCACGGCCAUCGGAGAUAAAAUUGGUAUUGACGUGACUGCGUUGGAUAAACUGAUGACCAAAAACGAUGACGACGAUGACAAUGGAAAGAAUGUGGAAGAAAAGGAAAACGAAGACCAAGAAGCCAAAGCGGACGACGGAGAGGUUGAAUCAAAAAGCGAACCGGAAGCUGAAACGAAGAAAAAGGAGACUGGGGAGGCGGCUGAUGGAGAAGAAGAAAAGGCACCAACGCCAACUGAUGGAAAGUCAAAGAUUCCACAGAGAAAGAAAGACGAUUGAGCAUUUAUGGUUGCUCUUCCCUCAAAUAGUGUGUGAGAAACAGUGUAUGUGCUGUCCUUGUGAAUGACAUACACACUGGGCAGUCACACAUGCAGGCCGUACACUAUGAAUGCCCAUGUACCUGACACAUACGCUGGACACCCACACAUGCAUGCGCUGCGAACACUAUGACUGCCAGUUGAGAAGAAUUAUACAGUCCAUCAGUCAACCAUGGUCAGAUUAUACAUGCUCCAAAACAUAACACGACAAGUAACCAUACUAUCGAUUUCACAAAGCAAUUUGUUAAUUGUUGACUUCAAUUUACACUGUGUGGUCUCGGGGUCGAAACCCGGUUCAGUGACCAUGUCCACCAAAGCUCGGAUUAUAGAUUGUACAUGUAUGGCACUUGAAUUGACUCGUGUUCUUAAUCCUUGCAAAACAGUUUGGACAGGUGGCAAUAGAAUGUGAAAGGAACAAGUAUAAUGAGCAGUCUAUAUACAAGCUUUUCGUCGGAUUGUGAAAUUAACAAAGUCAAGAGAAUUGUUGUUCUUUGUAGGAAAGUAAGAUAAUGCUCGAAAAAUACUAUUAUGGAUUGUAACUGAACCUCAAUCCGUUUUAUCCAUUUUGGUGACGUUACACACGUAUACCGUAUUUACACACGUAUACCGUAUUUACACACGUUAAUAAAACUCACGAUUCAUUUCUGACUGUCACAUCGUUAUUAUAAGGUUGGACAUCUAAAUUACAAGAACAAAGACUGACUAUUUAUUUUUCCCAUACAUAUAAUGAGUGGUGCUAUGGCUAUGAUCUUUACGCAUAUGGACGCCUUCAACAUCGCAGUUUUUUGCUCUCAAUACGAUUUUGUAAUUUGCUCAUGCCGACUUACCGGCGGUGAACGUCAAUCCCUAAAUGGAAAUAUGAAAUAUCGAUUUCAUGAUGAAGGAUGGAUAAUAUGCACACCUCUGGUAGAUCAGCAUGCAAGGAUGUAAUUCAUCAUGUAAAAGGUACCAGAAGUUGAUUGUUUUUUCAGGCUAACUUUGUGAAAAGCGUUUCUCUUUCUCAGUCGAAUUCAAUCGCCAGAACGGAGUGUAGAUGUCUCCGAGAUCGGCUAAAUGGUAUUGCGUGUAAUUGUCAAUGUUAUCAAUACAUGUAUAUCACUAACCUGUUGUUUAAAACCACUUUUUUCUUUAUAUAUGUGUAUAUACAAUAUUUAAAGAUUCCUGUUCAUUUGCAAAUAAAAUCAUGUGUUAUCUCAUUAAACUCCAAACCUGGUUCAUCU